GCAUUCCUUCGCCGACGUCGUUUCUCACCUGAAAAACUCGCGACGUGUGUCGUGCGGUCCGGUUGAAAAUUUGGUUUGAUUGUGCAUUUCUGGUUGCAAUUUAAAUCCGCGAGUUAUGCGAUAAUUGUCCGUGAUUCGAAUCGGAAGUAAACUUCAAGGAAACAUUACAAGCAGCCCCGAAUUAUUUAUACCGAGAAAACUUGAAACCGUAAGCUACUAAUCAUGGUGGAAGACACAAUUAAAGAGGAGCAGUCCAAGAAGGCAGCGAAGAAGGCCGCCAAGGAUGCCGUUAAAGCAGCAAAGAAAGCUGAACAUAAAGCGGCAGCAGCUGCUGAGAAGGGACAACAGGAAACUGUGGGAGCCGAGGAGGGUAAGGAUUACUCCGAAGGACUUUACGGUGUGACUAAGAUGAUUCAGAGCACCAACAAGCAUGCGGAACGUAACUUUGUGCCCGUACAUGAGCUGUCCGGCUGUGCGAAAGAGUCCCUGGUGUGGGUCCGCGGGCGAGUUCACACCUCUCGUAGCAAGGGCAAGCAGUGCUUCCUGGUCAUCCGGCAGCAAAGCAGUACCGUGCAAUGUAUAGUGGCCGUCAACGAUAGCACCGUAUCGAAGCAGAUGGUCAAAUUUUCGGGCAGCGUCCCCCGUGAGAGCAUAGUCGACAUCAAGGCUAAAGUUAUCCCGGUGCCGACCCGGAUUGAAUCCUGCACCGAACAAAAUCUGGAACUGCACGUCUUAGAGUUCUAUCUGGUAUCGUCAGCCAAGGCUCAGCUCCCGUUGCAGAUCGAGGACGCGGCUCGGCCAGAAAAGUCUGACGAUCCAGAAGCGCUGCAGAUUCGUGUCAAUCAGGACACGCGUUUGGAUAAUCGUGUGUUGGAUCUGCGAACGCCGGCUAAUCAAGCAAUCUUCCGGCUCGAGGCUGGCGUCUGUAAACUGUUCCGUGACAUUCUAACGAAGCAGGGUUUCACUGAAAUCCACACACCGAAAAUCAUUUCUGCGGCCAGCGAGGGUGGUGCCAAUGUGUUUACAGUCAGUUAUUUUAAAGAUUCGGCAUACCUUGCACAAUCCCCGCAGCUGUACAAGCAGAUGGCAAUCGCCGCCGAUUUCGACAAGGUGUUUACGGUGGGAGCCGUGUUCCGUGCGGAAGAUUCCAACACCCAUCGUCACUUGACCGAAUUCGUCGGGUUGGAUUUAGAAAUGGCCUUCAAGUAUCACUACCACGAGGUGCUGGACACCAUCGGUAACACAUUCACGGAAAUUUUCAAAGGGUUGCGUGACAAUUACGCCCGCGAAAUAACCGCUGUCGGGCAGCAGUACAAUGUGGAGCCUUUUAAAUUUCUGGAACCACCGCUCAAACUGGAGUUCGCUCAAGCCGUCACGAUGCUUCGCGAGGCCGGUGUCACCAUGGACGACGAAGAGGACCUUUCGACGCCCAGCGAAAAGCUUCUCGGUCGCCUAGUGAAGGCCAAGUAUGACACCGAUUUCUACAUGUUGGACAAAUUCCCGCUGGCGGUGCGACCAUUCUACACGAUGCCGGACCCGAAUAAUCCCAAAUACUCAAACUCGUACGACAUGUUCAUGCGAGGAGAAGAAAUUCUGUCCGGGGCGCAACGUAUCCAUGAUCCCGAUUAUCUGGUCGAACGGGCGAAACAUCACGCAAUUGACAUCUCAAAGAUUGCCGCCUACAUCGAAGCGUUCCGGUUCGGGUGUCCACCUCACGCUGGCGGUGGCAUCGGUAUGGAACGUGUGGUCAUGCUGUAUCUAGGCUUGGACAACAUCCGGAAAACGUCAAUGUUCCCCCGUGACCCCAAGAGACUUACACCUUAGAAAAACUCCUUGACAAGGUAUCAAAAGGCACAUGAAAGGUAAUUUUUUCAUAUUAUUUUCAUUCCCUUGUCUUACAAUUGCGCGUGUUCAAAAUGCAAUCCACAACUAAAAAAAUUGAUCCGCGAAAAUCAACCUCUUAUUCAUUUAAAGGAGCGUGACCGCACAUAUUCGUUCAUAAGUACUAAAAUAUUUCAUCGUUUCCUUGAGGAAGGCGAUGUAAAAUGUAUCACAGAUAAUAAACUCUGUUUUCCAAAAGAAAGGAGGUCACUAUACUACACAAGGCUUGUUUGCGAGGCAAAUUCAGAAAUCGGAAAAGACUUACUUAUUGAAACACUGAAUAUUUAGAACAAAUAUUUUAAAAACUAAAUCGUUAACGGAAACAGCGCUUACCCAAAAGCGAAAUCAGAUCGUAGGUGGUAGGUACUUAACAAAAAAUUGAAAAAAACAAGAGCAAAUAAGCGUUGUAACAAAGUGCGUGCCGGUGUCGCGCAUUUUAAGUUAGAACCUCGUCUGGUGAAACAUUGAUUGAUAAAGCUAAGUUCGGAGCAAAGUAAAAAAAACCUGAAAUAAAAAAUCCGAAUGACUUUUCAA